AUGCCCUCAAAAGUGGCGCCGUCGGUAGAGCCGAAGAAGGGUACCCCUAUAUCGAAGACUAGAAGAGAUCCCGAACCAGGAACGAUUGAACAACUUGCACAACAAGAAGCGUUGAUCAAGCGGUCGUCUACGUGCUAUGAAAGUUCCCGGAAGCGCUGCAUGUCGAUUAGGGCGCAGUUUCGAAAGAAAAUGGCUGCGAAGGUGUCAAAGCAGUUCGGCCUAAACGAUCUGGGCUCCAGAAUACAAGAGAUAAUUGGUCACGCCGGCACGCGACCUGAGGAAAAGACUGGAUCCCGCGCGCUACAGCUCAUCGAAAGUGCCAAGAACUACACCGAGACGAUGAGUGAGGCCGGCGUGUCCAUGGAAGAACUCAUCGCCGCUUGUGAAUCCUUGGACAAGGCAGCCGAUAUGAUUGAUUGGGCGGGGAUGCUUGAUGCAAUCGACGAAUUCGAGCGCAGAUUCUCCACGUUCUCCGACCUAUUGAAUCGCGCCGAUCAACUCUACGCCGGCCUUCCUCGAGGGGAC